CCGCCCUCUGUUCCCCCAGCGUUCCCUCUGAACAAGUUUGUUAGUGUCCCAAACCGUCCUCGCAUGAGGUCAUUCUUCUAGGUCACGUGCCCGAGGCCGCGGGAGCGCCACAUCGCCAGCCGCACCCGUCCGCCCCAACCCUACCCACGUGACCCGGCCUACUUUCUCCCCGCCCGACCUAAACGACUUGCUCAGGAAGCCCCGCCCCACGCAGGCGCUCGGCCUGCCAACCUCCGCCUCUCAGCCACCCAGCCUCCAGCGUGGCCGGCCGUCCCACGUGUUUCUUCCUGUCCAAUGGAAGCGGGCGCCCGGGCGCGAAGGGGCGGGGAGGAAACGACGACUACGUUACGCUGGGAGAAAGGGGCGGGGCCUGCAACGUCGGACUGAACGAGGGGACGCAACGGAGGCAGGCCGGAGCCGCUGCCGUCGCCAUGACCCGCGGUAACCAGCGCGAGCUCGCCCGCCAGAAGAACAUGAAAAAGCAGAGCGACUCGGUUAAGGGAAAGCGCCGAGAUGACGGGCUUUCUGCUGCCGCCCGCAAGCAGAGUGCCCCAUCAUCUCUACCC